AUGUCGCUAGAUUCAAAUAGAUUUGGCAUCUGCAACGCCAAACAGCGGGUCGCAGCUCUCGACAUGGCGCGGAAGCUGCGUGACGGCGGCGCACUUGAGCUGUCGCCAUGCGACCUCUGGCCGUACCUGCGUGGACGCACGCUCUGGCUUCUUGGCGACUCCCACACCAAGAGUCUUUACAAGUCGUUGCAGUGCUUCAUGUUAGAUUUCUGGGAGGGCAAGGAGUGCGCGGCCAGCCCCGAGGCCGUCCUGAUGCAGCAGCUGGAUGCCCUGCCCACCGCUCACGGCGAGUCAAGGUUUGGCCUGUGGGACUUGAAGGCGGGCAUCGCUGUCGGCUCUGCAGCGCUGAAGCGCGCUCUGGUCAAGCUGGGCUUUGACUACCUGGAGUAA